AUGGCAGAUACUUCUGAUGCACUCGCACCAAAGCCAGAGGGCGAGGAGAUUGAUCCUCAUUUUGAGCCUGUUAUCAAGCUCACGGAACAAGUGGAGGUAAAGACCUACGAGGAAGACGAGGAUGUGCUCUUCAAGAUGCGAGCAAAGCUCUUCCGAUUCGAUAAUAUCUUAAACGAGUGGAAAGAACGUGGGACCGGCGAUGUGAAACUUCUUCAGCACAAGGAGACGAAGAAGGUCCGUCUUGUAAUGAGACGCGACAAAACCCUCAAAGUUUGCGCCAACCACCACAUCUCCUCAGAAAUGCGCCUUCAGCCUAAUAUUGGCUCUGACAGGAGCUGGGUUUGGAAGGUUGCUGCUGACUAUACCGAAGAACCACCAACCGCCGAAACUCUAGCCAUCCGCUUCGCAAACUCUGAUAAUGCAAAUGAAUUCAAGCGUCAAUUUGAGUUGACACAGAAGAUAAACAGUAGCGCCUCUCCCGACGAGCAGUCUGCGCCCGAAGCAAAGGAACAAGAGGAAGAAGAGGAGGAGGAAGAGGAAGAGGAGAAAAAAGAGGAAUCGGCAGAAGAGAAGAAGGAAUAA